GUCAGAGCGGCGACUGUGCCAGUUAGUGUUUCAUCGGGCUUAUUUGGGGGGUAAGUUUGGGGAAGAAAGAGGGUAAUAUGGUACACGUGGUCUAGGAAUAUUUACAUAUAUAACCAUGUCCUCUCAUGAUAUGAAUGGGCUGGUUUGUUUUAAUCUGGUGGUGGAGGAGGUUUAGCUCCAUGCUUUACAGUCCAUGCACCGAGCUCCAAGUGUUGCUUUGAGGGUUUCAUAAUAAAACUGCAGUCUGUGUGUGAUUACUGCAUGCACAGCUCAGACAUUGUAUGGAGUAAUGUUAUAUAACUGGAGCAAUCAUCAUGGAAUAUUCUCCUUGUGGAAUGUUUUCCUCAUAGAAUAUUCUCAUCGUGGAAUGUUGCUGGUGAUUACUACGCUUUAACUAAAAUUGCACUCUUCUGAAACUCAAUUUCUGCCAUUUUAGGAAUAUUGAUCAUAAUAUUUGUGUGGAAAGGGCACGUUCUUGCUGCAGAUCUAAGGGCCAGGGAUGAAAGUAGCCACAGUUGCCAAAUGGCUAGUUAUUAUUAUAGAAACCUAGAAUGUGACGGCAGAUUAGAACCAUUCGGCCCAUUUACUCUGCCCAAUUUUCUAGAUGGUCCGAAUGGUUCUUAUCUGCCGUCACAUUCUAUAUUUCUAUAAUAAUAUUAUUGUACUCAGUUCUUCUGAAACGGCACAGAAAAUACAUUUUCACUAGCUACUGGCUAGUGGAAAUGUAUAGUCCUUACAUGACUCAUUCCUUUUUCAAUUCCCAUGCACUUGAUCCACAAGGAUAGGAUGUAGGGGACUGCUCCCUUGACAAAUGUGCAACACAUACGGUAUCCCUACUUGAAUUUCAAAGAGUCUUUCAAACAUUCUAAGUAAUGCCUCUUCUUAUAUGGUUGUUUUUUUUUUUUUUUUGUUUCCGCUUAUUAUUGUCAUACAUUUCCGUGCUUAAACCUAGAUCACUUCGAUAAGCAUGUUAAAAAUAAUGAUGGAAUCAAAUCCUUGUUUUUCAAGACACUUUGAUAAAUAUACCCCUAGCCUUUAUUAAGGAAGAGAGAUGAGUUGGUAUCAAUCACGUCUACUCAGGCAGCGUGUGAGGCUCAAGUGACGCAGGAGUAUCUAAGUCUGUCAUGUAUCAGGAUUAAUGCAGGUAUAGGGAAGAUCUUGGUUGGCACCUGCAACUAAUUUACAUACUUUCCUGAUGUCCAAAAAAAAAAAUAUAUAUAUAUAUAUAUAUAUAUAUAUAUAUAUAUAUAUAUAUAUACAAAAAACAAUUAGCACAACCAAUAUCAAAUGUUUAGUUAGCUCUCUGACUGUGCUAACAUUUCAGGAGUGGCAAUUCAUCUUCAAUGCAUGUUCUUGGAGACUUACUUGGUAUUUGUUUAAAAUGCCUUCAUGUUAUAUUUUUUUCAUAGGAUUAAAUCACAUUAUUCAAGAUGUCUUACAUGCUUCCGCAUUUGCACAAUGGCUGGCAAGUAGACCAAGCUAUUUUGUCUGAGGAAGAUCGUGUUCUUGUUAUUCGUUUUGGGCACGAUUGGGAUCCCACUUGUAUGAAGAUGGAUGAAGUUUUGUACAGCAUAGCUGAGAAGGUGAGUGUCUUAUGGGACAAUAAAUAGAGCCUAUAAAGUUAUAUAUUUCUAGAAUGGACAUCACUAAAUUAUGAAUCACGUAAAUCAGAAUUGAUUGAGACACUUUAAUUUUCUAAGCAUCUUUAAUAUGCAAACCAUAAUGUUUUACUUUAAAGGACUCUUUUCUACUUGAUUCGUUCCAAAGAAAAUAAGUUGAUAUAAUAAUUGUGGUUGUGAAAUUGCAUUCAACCCUGUCUGAUAAAAGAACACAACAGUGUACAUGUUUGUACUUUUCUAUGUGCAUAUUUUUAUGUCUUUAUCCCAUGCAUAAAAAUAUGCUCGAGAGCAUCUGUCUUGCAACCAAGUGCUGAAAGCUGUCCUCCCCUUCAAUCAGGAAUAGCUUGGACUUCCCAACUUAAGUUUUUGUAGUCAAGGCGAUAAGCACAGUACACCCAUUGUACAGCGCUACGAAAUUUGCUAUCGCUAUAUAAAUAAUAAAAUAAUAAUAAUAAUGAACAUGGUGAUAUCAUGUAUUUGUAUGCACCUUUCUUUAGUUGAUUCAGUUUGAGGGUUAAAUCAAUACCUUGAGCUCCACUCUGUCAGCUGCGACCAUUUAAAGGGACACUAUAGGCACCCAGACCACUUUAUCUCAUUGACUCUGAGUCCCUUAAGCGACUGCAUGCUCUGCAUGAGGACAUCCAGCAUCAGUGAAAACCCAAUAGGAAAGCAUUGAAAGCCUAAAAUGCUCGUGGCUCUCUCUGGGCAUUCGGUUCUCCCCAUGAUGUUGGUGGAGGCAGAUACCACUCCAGCGCCAAGGGAGAUCAGUGCUGGAAUCAGGUGAGUAAAUAAAGGGUUUUUUAACAGUUUGUGUACAGGGGGUUAGACCUCUGAUAGGGUUUCUCUGCAUGCUUUCCUGCCGACAGUUAUCCUCACAGGGCUUUGCUUGCUGCCCAGCACCAAUCAUAUUGAUCAGCAGGACCAGCAAGCUGGAGCUACAGCAUGAGAGGUACAUCACACAGUAGAGAGUGGUCACAGAGCGCUCUUUAGUGUGUAAGCUGCUUUAUCCCUUUGCUGAUACCAAUUCCUAACGUCAGAAAAGAUAACUAUGGGUUAUUGUUAAAGGAUCUCUUAGUCACUCAGAACACUUAAUUUCAGUGAGUACAGUGGUGUUGUAUAUUUAACCAUUCAUGGUAAAAGAUUACUGUUUUACCUUGUAUUUUUAAUAUAUUUUUUUUAAAAGGUUUCUCUUUGAGUGAACAUAUAUUUGUAUGAGUAUUUAAUAAGGAUUUUUUUAGGUAUGAAAUACUCAAGAAAUGACAGCAAUUCCAAAGUUCGUCUAAAUGUAAGGAUUAAAACCUUGAGUUAUAGCAAAAUGUCAUAUAGAUAAAUAAACAGCAAGAAUUGUCACAAGCUAAAAGUGAUUAAUGCACUAGUAAGGAAAUAAUUAUUUUACUGCUUAACACUCUAAUCUAGUACUGAGCUGUGUGUAUUGCUAUAUCACUGGUGUGCAAAGAUGUUUAUGUUCAUAUAUGCUGUCUUCUGGAUUAUUGAAGAAAACUUGUAUAUAAUUUGUCUCAUACUGUUUUUAUCUUAUACAUUCACUAGAAACGUGACUAUCACUACAGAUGGCAUAUUAUUUGUAGUGUUAUAUUUCUAUAAUAUUUAUAUUUUGAUUUCUCUUUCUUCAUAGGUAAAAAACUUUGCUGUUAUUUACCUUGUGGAUAUCACAGAAGUACCUGAUUUCAACAAGAUGUACGAAUUGUAUGAUCCAUGUACAGUUAUGUUCUUUUUCAGGUGAGUCUCCUUAUAUCUUGUGGUUAGUUUUUCCUGGCACUGCAGGACCCUAGAAACAUAGAAUGUGACGGCAGAUAAGAACCAUCUAGUCUGCCCAAUUUUCUAAAUACUUUCAUUAGUCCCUACCUUAUCUUAUAGUUAUCUUAUAUGCCUAUCCCACGCAUGCUUAACCUCCUUUACUGUGUUAACUAGUGAUGUCCCGAACUGUUCGCCAAACGGUUCGCCACUCUCAUUUGAGUAACUUUGAUUACACAUAUUCAGCAGACCCUUCCUGCCCCACCUCCUGGACAGCUCACUCAAGAAUGCAGCUUCACAAUGGAUGCUGUCCAGGAGGUGGGAGGAUCUGGGAGGGAGGGUCUGCUGCUGAUUGGCUGGAAUGUGUCUGCUGACUGUGAGGUACAGGGUCAAAGUUUACUCAAUGAUGAGUCCGUGGCGAACCGUUUGGCGAACAGUUCGGGACAUCAUUAGUGUUAACCUCUACCACUUUGGCUGGAAGGCUAUUCCAUGUAUCCACUACCCUCUCAGUAAAGUAAUACUUCCUAAAUUAUUUUUAAACCUUUGCCCCUCUCAUUUAAGACUAUGUCCUCUUGUUGUGGUAGUUUUUCUUCUUUUAAAUAUAGUCUCCUCCUUUACUGUGUUGAUUCCCUUUAUAUAUUUAAAUGUUUCUAUCAUAUCCCCCCUGUCUCGUCUUUCCUCCAAGCUGUACAUGUAAAAUCCUGUAACCUUCCCUUGUCAAUUUUAUCCUGUAAUCCAUGAACCAGUUUAGUAGCCCUUCUCUGAACACUCUCUAAAGUAUCAGUAUCCUUCUGGAGAUACUGUCUCCAGUACUGCGUACAAUACUCCAUGUGAGGUCUCACCAGUGUUCUGUACAAUAAAACUCAGGCUCCCUCCCUAAUCUAAAUUUGCCUCACCCCUUCCUGUCAAGGCCAACAUGUGCUUCGACUGACAGACACACACUGACACCGCCACUCAGUGACCGCCACGUACUCUGAGAUACACUGACAUAAACACACACUCACUGAUUUGACACACUGACAGACAUACACAAUCACUCAGAAACACACAGACACACGCACGUUCACUGACACAGACACACGCACGUUCACUGGCAGACUGUCACGGUUCUCACCAUGACAUGCAGAUGGACAGAAGUGCCCAACAGGAGAUUUGUACCUGGGUCCUAUAAUGUCCUGGGCCUGCUAUACUGCCUUUCAGCCACAGCAGUGCCCCUCUCCCUCCAACCUAAUCCCAAGUUGCUGAAGGGGUUAAAACCCCUUCAGUGACUUACCAGAGUCCAGCACCGAUGUCCCUCUGCGCUGGGUCAGGCUCAGCCUACUCUCCUACCCCGCCGACAGCCUGCAGGGGAGACCUAAUGCGCAUGCGCGGCAAUCGAUGCACACGCGCAUUAGACCUUCCCAUAGGAAAGCAUUAUUCAAUGCUUUCCUAUGGGGAUUUCGGCAACGGUGGAGGUCCUCACAUAGCGUGAGGACGUCCAGCGUAGUUUAAAACACUUUUCUUGUUCUAAGAUUACGGAAAUCCCUCUAGUGGCUAUCUGAUAGACAGCCACUAGAGGUGGACUUAACCCUGCAAGGUAAUUAUUGCAGUUUAUAAAAACUGCAAUAAUUACACUUGCAGGGUUAAGGGUGGUGGGAGUUGGCACCCAGACCACUCCAAUGGGCAGGAGUGGUCUGGAGUGUCCCUUUAAGUAUUGAAAUACAUUUUACUUUGAAUAAUCUAUAUUGGAAAUAAUUUUACUACACUAUUACAACAGGAUGUGAGAAUCUAGAUAAAUUUUUUAGAUUGUUUAGUUAAUAUUAAAAAAAGGGGUUAAAAUUUAAUUUUAGAUAGUUUUCUGUUCAAUGUUCCCCAGCAUUUUUGCCAAAUAUUUAAAUUGUUUUUGAAAUAAAAUUUAAAUUGUUUUCAGCUGAGGCAGAAAUUCUUCAUUGAACAUUAAACAAAGGCAACAUUGGAUUCCCUUAUAUGUGGCAUCCCUAUUAACACUGAUGUAAAAAAAUUGUUUUAUAUUGCAUAGCGAUUUAAAACAAAAUUUUGCAUGUUACACCCUAUAUCAACACAGUUUUUCUACAGGGCAAAACCUGAAUCUUUUUGGGUUCCACUCAGUCUUCCGUGUUUUUCAGUAGGACAGUAAAAGUCCCCCACUUAAUGUGUUUACAUUCAUAUUUAUAUAUUUGUUUGGUUUUUUUGUCCACCAGGAACAAGCACAUAAUGAUUGAUUUGGGUACUGGUAACAACAACAAAAUAAACUGGGCAAUGGAAGACAAGCAAGAAAUGAUUGACAUUGUAGAAACGGUUUACAGAGGUGCUCGAAAAGGUAGAGGUUUAGUAGUGUCUCCGAAAGAUUACUCCACCAAGUACAGAUACUGAUCUCUCCUUGAUUUGUCAAAUACUAUGCAUUAUUAUUUUUAUGUCCUUUGACUUGAACUCAUAGACCCAUUUUUUGUUUUGCUCAUGGGCAACUGUCAAGAACUUCAAAGGUAUGAAUAAUUUUUAUGCUGCCGAUACCAUUGGGCUAGUAGAUCGUAUUAUUAGCUUUACAAGCUUUCUGAUCUAUUUUGAUAUGGGUUUAAGCCUGAAAUAUUUUGUUUCAAAUAUUUUAUUGUGAUGUAUGACUAAUAAAUAUAUUAUUUGUUCUUUUUUUAUAAAUGUAUUUUUGUAUUGUUUUGUUUGCAUUCUACAAUCUAUGUACACCCCAGAAAUAAUGAACAAGUAAAUACGGAUCAACCUUUUAAUAACCAUGUACUCACAGCAUGAUAGCUGAUGACUGGACAAGACCAAUUCUAUCCUAACUGUGCAGGUCAUUAAACAUGUAAUAAAAAAAAGAGCAUUUAUUGGCAACAUAUAACAAAACAUGGGCUCCAUUCAAAGCCGAUGCAUUUAUAUUUAAAGGUCUGUGAUAAACAUGUCCGUUAUGUUUAAAAGACGACUUUACAAUUUUAUCUUCUGGG